AGACCAACGUGCGGUGCGUGGAUUGCCCCGCUCACGACUACUUUUCUCAGCUAUUCAUGCCUUGCUUGUAUAUUUCACGGAACCCAUGUGCUGUUGCUCCCUAUCCUUCUCACCAGAUACCCAACCUUUUCUACACCCGCCAGGAGACAGAGGAAAUUGAGAGGGCACAUAAUCAUAAGAAAGAGAUCCACAUUUAGAAGAAGAACCAGGUGAAGAAAAAAACAGGAAAGGAACAAAAUCCUUGCAGUAUUCUGGAAAGCCACGACGUAGGGUCAGUGCCCUGUGAGAGGUGGAGAGAAAGCGAUACCUUUGGUUCAGGGGGUAGCCAGGUGCUUCAUGACUGUCUAGCCAUGUGUAGAUAGCCAAGAGUAACGUCCAUAUCCACAGAUUUCCUAAUGCUGUGGCCAAAUAUCUCCUGAAGCAGAUACCAAAGACGUGAGCACGAGAAAAAGUCUGGGUGUAAGACUUUGAAAUUGGAAGAAGAUUUGUCAAGAUAAAUAUUUCCAUAUGGUGCUUGAAAACGAGACCAUUACCAUGGCAACUACUGCGACGACUGCUGUGUUGGUUGCAGAGCAGGGCAAAACAACGACAGUAAAUAACAAUGAAAGUCCGUCAACGACGUUAACAAUCCGAAUGGUGAUGCAGGGAAAAGAAGUAGGCAGUAUUAUUGGCAAGAAAGGCGAUAACAUAAAGAAAUACAGGGAAGAGAGUGGUGCAAAAAUAAAUAUCUCUGAUGGCUCAUGCCCGGAACGAAUUGUCACAAUCACAGGCACAACAGACCAAAUAUUUAAAGCCUUUGAUAUGAUCUGUAAAAAAUUUGAAGAGGAUUUACAAAACACAGUAGGUCCUAACAAUAGUGUCCCGCUCCCCCCAAUAACCCUGAGACUAGUGGUGCCUGCCAGUCAGUGUGGCUGCCUUAUUGGGAAAGGAGGCUGCAAGAUCAAGGAAAUCAGGGAGGUAACUGGAGCAUCAAUUCAGGUGGCGAGUGAAAUGCUCCCCAAUUCAACAGAGAGAGCGGUGACGAUCUCUGGAAAAGCGGAGGCAAUCACACAGUGUGUCUAUCACAUAUGUUGUAUAAUGAUUGAUUCCCCUCCUAAAGGAGCUACCAUCCCCUACCGUCCAAAACCUGUUGUACCACCUGUGAUAUUUGCCGGGGGCCAGGCCUUCACGACGCUUCCUGCAGCUCCCCAGUACCUGAUGCCCCAGCCAGCCACGGCUGCGACGUCGCCUGAUAUCAUGAAGAUGCCUCAUAUCCAGUAUGGCAAUCAGAUGAUUCCUAUGCUGACACAACAACAGCUGUCCGCCUCCACCAUCAUGCCCAGUACUUAUGGCAGUGUGGCGCCUGCAGGUAGGUCACCUGGGGGGAUGACACCUGCAGGUAACCCUAGCAACAUGGUGCCUGCAAGUAACUAUGGCAACAUGGUGCCUGCAAGUAACUAUGGCAGCAUGGCGCUUUCUGGAAACGGCACAUAUGGCAGCAUGGCACCCGCAAUCUAUUCCAAAGCACAACCCAUCCAGUAUGGCAACCAACUGAUGACCUGGAUUUCUCCACCACCACCUCAACAACAACAACAGCAGGCUGCUGACGUUUCAGUUACCCCCACCACGUACAACAAUUCAGUACCCACAGGUAUAUCCCCUAUCAGCUCUUAUGCGACAGUUCGUACUACAGUCCCGCAGACAAAUAACAAUCAACAGACACACGAAAUGAAUAUUCCUAAUGAUUUGAUUGGCUGUAUUAUUGGAAGGGGAGGACAAAAAAUAAAUGAAAUUAGACAACUAUCUGGUGCCAUUAUCAAGAUCUCGAAUGUAGAAGAAGGGUCGGCGGACAGGAAAGUGACUAUUACAGGGACUCCAGAAACUAUUAACAUGGCCCAAUAUCUCAUAAAUACAAGCAUGGAGUUGCAUAAGCAAAUGCAAAUGACCCUUGACCCGACCUCGAACCCUACAACGACCUUGACCUCAUCACCUUCACCUAUGAUUCCGACAAUGAUGAAGCCACUGUCGGUGUCAGGGAUGCCACUUCUUGGAUUAAAUGCUGGUUUAUUAGAGAGCAGUGUUUGGCAUAAGUCGCUGGUUACAAAGGUGAAAGGCGGGGUCGACCUUCCUAAUGGGCUCAAAGCUGAAAGAAGUAAAUUUGCUCCGUACUGACAGGGUGCACAGCAUAGCAGUAGGAUCUGUUACAGGACGAUAUCAUUGUGUAAAUUGCCUUAUAUAAAGACAUGAAAACUUUCAUGGACUUUCACACAGUAACAUUAUUAUUCACAAGUGAUGUGAGAGUGUGCAUUAAGACAUUAUAUACAGAUACUGAUCAUCAAGUCAAAGCGAGUAUAAGAAAAGGACAUGCUAUAUUCAUGAGAAGUUACAGAAGAAAGUUGUGUGUGUUUGUUUCUUUUUUGUAGAUGUAGUAUUUAGUAAUACUGCUGUCAGCAAAUGGAGGGUUGGAUAUUGUUGAUAUUUUUAAGGAAUGAAAGUGUUACAGGGUAACAUCCCACCAGGAAAAAAGGAGCUAGUCACAUUUGUGUGUGCUUAAGAAAAGCCAUCAGAACAGGGGCCAGUGCAAUUGACAGUAUGUCUCUUCAUAUAUUGAUAUGUCAGGGUAAAGGUCACAAUAUCUCAGUUUUGAUUGGCUAAAACAUGACUUUUUUCUUUUAGAUUAUUACAAAAAGAAAAACUUAAAGACACCUCUGUUUGAAGACAGUUGUCAGUAAAAAAAAAAAAAAAAGAAGAAGAAGAAGGUUCUUCCAUCUUACUGUAGAUACAUAGAAAUCCAUAUUUUCUACUUAUCCAUGGUGCAAUGGCAGAAAAGGUUCUCUCUGAAAGAGAAGUGUUUAUACACGUAGAAUAUAUUUACUGUAAAAGAGUCAAUUUUGCUCAGAUUUAUUUACAAACAGUCAAGAAAGGCCCCAGCAAUGUUUGCUGGUAGUAUACAUCCAUAUUGUUUCUGCAAGUGCGCAGAGAAUUAUGGGGGUUAAAGAUGUAAAUAAAUUGUUACUAGUUUUUUUUUUUUUUUUCAUCAUCCUAAUUAUAGUCACAUAACUAUAUGUUUACCAAAUAUAACAGCUGCGUGCUAUUUGACUGAAGAAAUUUAAUGUCCCAUUUUACAUAUAGCUUUAAUUUAUUAGAUAUCUUUCAUAUGGGUAGAUAAAUGUACAUUUUAGGGGGGUCAAGUUUUUGUAUAGGUUUCUUUCUUUGGGGUGGGGUAGGGUAAAUAUUGGAUAAAAUAGCAUACCAGUAUCUGUAUCAGAAUUUCACCACUGCUUCCUAAUUAAGUUUAUACCUAAAAUGCACAUUAAUUAGGUGUAGGUAAACAUGUUUGCUUUCUCCUUUGUUUGCCAUAUCAUAAUAUAGUUCAUCAUUGGGAACAAAAGUGUUAAAUGUACCUUGUGAUGAGAAAAAAUUCCACUUUCUUUCAUACUUAAAUUAUGAUUCUUACACUAGAUCUCAAAUUUACAGGUAAUAAUUUAGACAUUCUCAUUUAUUCCCAAAUCUCUUUGCUAGCUUUAAAUUUUUAGCUUGAUGUAAUUCUAUACGUCAUGAAGAUAACUUCAGUCUGUAGAGUGAUAAUAAUGAAGUGCCCAAUCGCAGAGUAGUAAAAAUGAUACUGUUAACUAUGAAGUUUGAAGUCGGUGUAGUAGAAAAAAGUAUAUAAUUUAGUUCACAAAUUUGAAACAAUCAUAACAAUUCUACGUAUUUAGUUUUUGUUUUGACUUUAUUUAUUCAUUCUAACUCUAGUUAAGGAUGUUUUUGUGCUUUAUCUUUAUCAGUGUUAGCAGGGUACAUAUAUAUGAAUGGCUCUUUUAAUGAGCUUAGUGUGAUCCAUGCAAUAUAAGUCAUGCGACCAUGUUAGAGAAACAGGGUAGCCUAAAGAAAUUACUCACAAAAUUUGAACAGCUACUUUUUAUUUCUUCAUUGUGUGUUCACAGAUAAAUGCUUUUUGCCAUGAAUAUGAACAAUUCUUAUGUGCAGACAGUCGUGCUGUCUCGUUGAAAAUUCUAAUUGAUCUUCUUAUUAAAACAAUAUUUGGAAAAGAUGUGAAGUUUGUUCAUAUUUGGUGAGUAACUACCAUAGCGGGGCAACCACUACUAUAAGCUGUGAAUUUAAAUAGAAGACGUGUGGAAACAAUGCUAAAUUCAGCUGAGUAAGAUCUGGUAAAGUGUAUUUGAAAUUCCUUUCCCAAGCAUUGAAGGCCUUUGCAAAAUCCAUAAAUGUAUCAGGGGAUUGCUUAUGUAAUGUAUGUUUGAUGUUCCUGUGUUAAACCUCAGCUCCCUUUUUUGCAGAAUAUCAACAGAAGUCAGUGGACAGUUGGCUAUGCAGACCAUAAGAUAAUCGGACAGACCCAGGGAACGUCAAGUCUGAUCAUUAUUUAUUAUUUGUUUGCCAGGACUUUUUUCUCAGCAUUUCUUUAUUUUUGAGUGGGCUUUCUGUAUUAUUUGAAGUUAAUUUGCUCUCAGCUGAACAAAGGUUGGCCUAGGGUUGGUAUGGUACACAUUAUCUGAAUGGUCAGUUGAGCAUAUAUAAUAAGUGAGCUGCAGAAUUAUUUUUAUUAUUAUUAUUAUUAUUAUUUUGAGGUGCGGAUAUAGACAUUAUGAAGACAUUUUUAUAGUUUUUUUUUUUUUUUUUCAGUGUUUGCUUUAUAGUGAGCAUUAUAUGGAGAUCAGUGCCAGAAACUGAAUAAGCAAGAUAUCACAAAAUAUAUGUAAUUGUUUCUGAAAAUUUUAAAAGAUUUUCUACCUCUGUUAUAUGUGACACUGCUCUCUCCAAAUUAAAGGUCCAGAAGUGACCAUUGUUUACUUCUCCAAAAAUUCACAAUGUGAUUUAAAAUUCAUCUUUUUUUUUCAUUGGUGACAAGUGAAAAUGCAUCAUGACCACAUUUAAGUGCAUAUGUGGUCAACAUUUGCCGUCAUCUCUUUUUACCAGAAUGACAUCAAGGACUCUACCUGUAAAUACAACUGUUUGGCUUAAGAAGCAUUAAUUUUUCCAUCCUGAUUUGAAUGCCAUUUCUUUACAUUUUUGUGAUAAUCCAACCACCUGUUAUUUGACAAACUAAAACACUUAGUAUCAUGGCAAUUUUCCAAAUAACUAUUCACCUUUUUUCUUCUGGCAUAAUACAUUCUAGAAUAUUGUGAUAAAACCACCCAAGGGCAAUGUGUUACUUCCACACUAAGAGUGCAAUUUUUCGUAGCUGUGAAGAAAAGACACUUCGUGCAAUUAUGAAUCCUACACUGAAGUGUUUUUGACUCUUUACCAAGCAAAAUGAGACAUAAUUAUAUCAUUAUUAUUAUUAUGAAAUAACAUACAACUUAUAUUUUUAAUGCAAGAAGAAAUGGUAUUUCACUGAUGUAGGAUUUGAGUGGACAUUUAUUGGUAUUGUAAGGUAGCUAUUGGCUUUUGACUUACUAAGAAUAUCAUCAUUAUGUUGGAUUUUGGUUUGCAAUUUGGAAUAUUUUCCAUUAUUUCAACAAAAGGAUUGUUUUGAUCAUAUUUUUGUUGUUUUCUUACACCAUAUCUGCUUUUUUAUUGCACUUCAAGGAGCACUUGGUGUUAUUCUGGUGUGAAAUAGGGCUCCUUAGUAUAUGUUGCCAUUGGAUUCAUUUGCCAAGGAUCAUGUAUUAUUAUUAUUAAGUAGUUUGCCUAUAGUUCUAUGUAUCGAGUACAGUGUUAUUUAUAAUUCUGUAAAAAUUUCCAUGCCAAAGAGUAAUAAAUGGCCCCAUAACAGUAUUUUUAAUUAAAAGGUCUACAUGGCCUUUAGUUUCUUAUGAAAUCAGAGAUGAUACAUACAUAUCAACAGGACUUGAUCACAGUUCCGAAGAGGUUGGGGUUAUAUAACCAAUCAGAUUUCAGCUUUAUAGAAGUCGGUGAUGUACAUGAUAAUAUUUCGUCAAUGAAGCGUCAUCACUUUGAUACAUGAAGAGUACCAUACUACUUAAAGGGAGUCUGCACAGUAGUUAGUGCAAUAUUACACAUUAAACAGGGAUUUUGAGAAAGAUAAAUAAUUUGUAUAAAGUGAUUGUUAUUAUUUAUGAGCUGUAGUUCAUUUUUAGACACUGUUUUACGUGCAUCCACCUCAUGGUGUACAUACACAACGAUAGGUGGUGUCCACAGCCAAGAUAAGACUGUGACAUGCUUAGUCAUUUGUAGUACUCAGUAUUUGAUUGUAAAUACCAGAGGAUGCAGGCAUUGAAAUUGUGUGUAGAAUUAUUAGCAGUUUAUUAUUUAUUAUCACAAAGAUAAUAGCAUUAUGUGCUGUACAAAAGCAGCUUUUUGUAGGCACAUUAAAAAGUCAAUGAAAUAAAUUAUUGAAUGAAACAAAUAUUGUUUAUUGUUGUAC